AUGGGCAGGGACCCGCAGAAACUUAUCAAAUAUGGAACAUCCCCUUCACCACUUGAGGCCAUCGAUCAACUACUCAGGGAACGAGAUGCUAUCCUUAAGAUUUUGAAAUUCAACAUGCACAAGGCACAAGUGAGUAUGAAAUUUAAUACAGAUAAGCAUUGUUGAGAAGUGGAAUUAGAGGUGGGUGAUUUGGUCUUUCUCAAGAUCAAACUAUACAGAAUGAAAUCUCUGGCGAAAAAGGAAAACGAGAAGUUAAACCCCCACUAUUUUGGUCCGUAUCCUAUUAUGGAAAGAAUUGGACCAGUGGCAUAUAAACUCCAAUUGCCCGACCAUUCAGCUGUUCAUCCAGUGUUCCAUAUAUCCCAACUUAGGAAGACACUAAGAACAGACAACAGAAGCCAACCAAUUCCCCCCACACUAUCAGAAGAACAAGAAUGGAUACACAUUCCAGAUGGCAUAAAAGCUCACAGGUCGACUCCUCAAGACACAGAUUUUAGUUUCAUGGAAACAUCUUCCAGAGUUUGA